CCCUGAGUCCCUGACUUGCGAGGCAGACGAAGAGCCGCUUUCUGGGGAUGGGAGCGCGGAGUCGUCGACUCUCUCUGUAGCUCUCUUGCCCCUCUGUCUUCCUCGGUAUCCUCCCCUUGAGAUCUCUGAAAGCUCUUCUCCUUUAACUCACUCAACUCUGACCAGUGUCUUUCUCUCUCGCUGUUCUUCCUUUCUUUCUUCUAUCUCUGAUCUUCUUUUCUCUUUCUCGUUCUCCUUUGGCUCAUCUCGUGCUAAGGAAAGCGUCGGUUGUCUUUGUAUCGUUUUUGUUCUCGAUCUCCGGAAUCCGCAAACACACUCUUGGAAAGUUUGGCUUGUAGGAUUUUCAUUUGGUUUCGGGGGAGCGAUCUGCAAUGGCGAAGAUCCUUGUUCACGGGUCGCUCCAUGCGACGAUCUACGAGGGGGACUCGCUGUCGAAUCCUCACAGAACCACUGGAAGCGCACCGGCGUUCUUCCGGAAGCUUGUUGAGGGCAUUGAAGAGACUGUUGGAUUGGGCAAAGGAGGUAGCCACCUUUAUGCAACUAUUGAUUUAGAUAAAGCCAGGGUAGGCCGAACCAGGAUUAUACAUAAUGAACCUGUUAACCCUCGAUGGUACGAAUCCUUUCACAUUUACUGUGCACAUAUGGCUGCUGAUGUGGUGUUCACUGUAAAGGAAGAACAAGCUAUUGGAGCAUCAUUAAUAGGAAGGGCCUACUUGCCAGUUCAAGAGAUCCUCAAUGGUGAAGAAGUGGACAGGUGGCUAGAUAUAUGCGAUGAGGACCGUAAUCCCAUUGGUGGAGGAGCUCGGAUCCACAUUAAAGUUCGGUUUUUUGACAUCUCUGCUGAACGGACAUGGUCAAGGGGAAUAAGGAGUGCUAAAUUCCCUGGAGUCCCAUAUACAUUUUUCUCUCAGAGACGGGGAUGUAAAGUUACCCUUUAUCAAGAUGCUCAUGUACCUGAUAAUUUCAUCCCUAAGAUUCCUCUGGCUGAUGGGAAACUCUAUGAACCUCAUAGAUGUUGGGAAGAUAUCUUUGAUGCAAUAAGUAAUGCAAAGCAUUUGAUUUACAUUACUGGAUGGUCAGUUUAUACUGAGAUCACUUUGAUCAGGGACUCAAAAAGGCAGAAGCCUGGAGGAGAUGUUACCCUAGGUGAGCUUCUUAAGAGGAAGGCAGAAGAAGGCGUGAGAGUUCUCAUGCUAGUUUGGGAUGAUCGCACCUCUGUAGGUCUGCUUAAGAAGGAUGGCUUGAUGGCUACACAUGAUGAAGAGACAGAGAAUUAUUUCAGGAAUUCAGAAGUUCACUGUGUACUAUGCCCUAGAAACCCUGAUGAUGGUGGGAGCUUCGUGCAGGAUUUGCAGAUCUCCACCAUGUUCACUCAUCAUCAAAAGAUUGUGGUUGUGGAUGGAGCAAUGCCUAAUCUGGAAAGUCAGAGAAGAAGGAUUGUAAGUUUUGUUGGUGGGAUUGAUCUUUGUGAUGGUCGAUAUGAUACUCCAUAUCACAGUCUCUUUAGGACUUUGGAUACUGCCCACCAUGAUGAUUUCCAUCAGCCCAAUUUUGCUGGUGGUUCGAUUAAGAAAGGGGGACCCAGAGAGCCAUGGCAUGACAUACAUAGUCGCCUUGAAGGACCAAUUGCUUGGGAUGUGCUAUAUAACUUUGAACAGAGGUGGAGGAAGCAGGGUGGAAAAGAUUUGCUAGUGCAGCUAAGAGAUCUUAGUGACAUCAUUAUUCCUCCAUCACCAGUGACUUUCUCUGAAGACAGAGAGACUUGGAACGUGCAAUUAUUUAGAUCAAUUGAUGGAGGUGCUGCUUUUGGCUUCCCAGAUACACCUGAAGAUGCUGCUAAAGCUGGGUUGAUUAGUGGAAAAGAUAACAUCAUUGAUAGAAGCAUUCAAGAUGCUUACAUAAAUGCCAUUCGUAGGGCCAAAGAUUUCAUCUACAUAGAAAACCAGUAUUUCCUUGGGAGCUCAUUUGAUUGGAAGGCUGAUGGUAUAAAACCUGAAGAUAUCAAUGCUCUGCACGUCAUACCAAAGGAGCUUUCCUUGAAGAUUGUAAGUAAAAUAGAAGCUGGUGAAAGGUUUGCAGUCUAUGUUGUGGUGCCAAUGUGGCCAGAAGGUGUGCCUGAAAGUGGUUCAGUUCAGGCAAUACUUGAUUGGCAAAGGAGGACAAUGGAAAUGAUGUAUACAGAUAUUGCUCAAGCUAUACGUGCUAAGCAGAUAAAUGCUGAACCUAAGGAUUAUUUAACCUUCUUCUGUCUUGGCAAUCGGGAAACCAAGAAGAGUGGUGAAUAUACUCCAGAGGAAUCACCGGAGCCAGAUACUGACUAUAUUAGAGCCCAGGAAGCAAGAAGAUUUAUGAUAUAUGUCCAUGCCAAGAUGAUGAUUGUUGAUGAUGAAUACAUAAUUGUUGGAUCUGCCAAUAUAAAUCAAAGGUCCAUGGAUGGAUCUAGAGACUCUGAAAUAGCGAUGGGAGCCUACCAACCAUAUCAUCUAGCAACUAGAGAACCAGCGAGAGGACAAAUCCAUGGCUUCAGAAUGGCCCUGUGGUAUGAACACCUUGGCAUGCUUGAUGAUCUGUUUCUGCAGCCACAGAGCUUAGAAUGCAUUCGCAAGGUUAACAGAAUUGCGGACAAAUACUGGGAUUUGUACUCCAGCGAUAACCUUGAUCGAGACCUUCCAGGCCACUUGCUCACUUAUCCAGUUGGAAUUACAAACGAUGGUGAAGUCACUCAGUUACCAGGGUUGGAGUUCUUCCCAGAUACAAAAGCAUCUGUCCUGGGAACAAAGUCUGACUACAUGCCACCAAUCCUCACAACAUAGGUCGAGCUAAGAAACUGCCUUCAUCCAUUUUGAGUUUCUCAAGUUUGUUUUUCUCUUGUUUAUGCCAGGUGGCAGAUGAAAUUUAAAAUAAGCAUUAGAAACUGUUUAUGAAUUCUGAAUCGUUGUUAUGCAUUUCCAGCAGAGAUUGAUCAGGUACACAUGUUUGGUGGUGAUCACCGUUGUAUAUCUUUAUCAUGCGUGGUGUUGUACUUGCUUGUUGAUUAACUGGUGUGUUGCCUUAAUCAGUGUUUGUCAUGUAUCAGCUUUGUUGGUUUAUCAAUAUGGACAGGCUUAUUAUC